UCACACGGGGCAGCGGUUACCAUACCGUUGUGCAAUCUCUGCCUCGGCGUCACAUGUUUGGAGAAAAAUACAGAUACAAGAGACUUGAAAUAGUUUCAGUGUAAGCUGUGAAAAUCAGAGAGGAAGAUCAAGAGCAGCAACAGCGCCUCAAAUAAACCAAAAUGACUUUCCUGCCAACAUUUUCAACGGCGACAUGGACUCUGUUUGCAUUAUUCUUUACGCUACUUUUUGUGUAUGGGAUUUGGCCACAUAGAUUAUUUAAAAAGCUUGGGAUUCCUGGACCUAGACCCUUGCCCUUCAUAGGGACAUUUUUGGAAUACAGGAAGGGUAUUCACGGAUUUGAUAUGGGCUGUUUUAAGAAGUACGGAAGAAUGUGGGGGAUUUAUGAUGGACGGCUGCCAAUUUUGGCUGUGAUGGACACAGCAAUGAUAAAAACAAUCCUAGUAAAAGAGUGCUACAGCCUUUUCACUAACCGACGGAAUUUAGGCUUGAACGGGGAACUCUAUGAUGCCCUGUCCAUUGUGGAAGAUGAGGCAUGGAAAAGAAUCCGCAGUGUGCUCUCGCCAUCCUUCACCAGCGGAAGACUUAAAGAGAUCUUCCCCAUAGUCAAGCAAUAUGCAGACACCUUGCUGCGAAAUGUUCAGAAGAAGGCAGAUGCCAAAGAGACUGUUCAAAUGAAAGAGAUGUUUGGUGCAUACAGUAUGGACGUUGUCACUAGCACCUCCUUCAGUGUAAACAUUGACUCUCUCAACAACCCAAAAGAUCCCUUUGUGACCAACAUCAAGAAAAUGAUGAAAUUCACCCUCUUUAACCCAUUUUUAUUAAUUUUAAUUCUGUUUCCUUUUCUUUUGCCGUUGUUGAAGAAAUUAAAUGUUGCGUUUAUUCCAACAUCGAUUAUGGAUUUUUUUUAUGCAUCGUUUCGGAAAAUAAAGUCUGACCGGAAGAAAAAUGACCAUACUGCGGGUAGCAGGGUAGAUUUCUUGCAGCUGAUGGUAGAUUCUCAGAUUCCAGAUAAUAGUGCUCAAUCCGAAACAGAUGAACAGCCUUCCAAAGGUCUGACAGACCAUGAGAUCCUGUCUCAGGCUAUGCUCUUUGUUUUCGCUGGCUAUGAAACUACUAGCACCACUCUCUCCUUCCUGAUAUAUAACCUGGCAACCAACCCCAAGGCAAUGACGAAGCUGCAGGAGGAGAUAGAUCGAGUACUUCCAGACAAGGCUCCCGUGACCUAUGAAUCACUGGCGGCGAUGGAGUACCUGGACAUGGCGUUGAAUGAGUCCCUGAGACUGUACCCUGCAGCACCACGGCUUGAGAGGGUGAGCAAGAAGACCGUAGAGAUCUGUGGGGUUACCAUCCCCAAGGGGACUGUCGUUAUGAUACCCACCUAUGCCCUGCACCGCGACACAAAACACUGGCCGGACCCUGAAGUCUUUGAGCCUGAAAGGUUCAGCAAAGACAAGACAGAAAGCAUGGACCAGUAUGCCUACCUACCGUUUGGAGCUGGUCCUCGUAAUUGCAUUGGAAUGAGAUUUGCUCUCAUCCUCGUGAAAGUGGCGAUGGUUAACUUGCUUCAGAACCUCAGCUUUCUUCCCUGCAAGGAGACUCAGAUCCCUCCUGAGCUGGAUAUCCAGGGACUGCUCCAGACAAAAAAACCCAUUGAGCUGAAGGUCAUCUCCCGGGCUCCUACUAACAACGAAGAAUGAAUACGAAAGUGAAGUUCACACAACUUGUUUUAAUAACAGAUUUUGUAUCUAGCUACCUAAGCUGCUACUGCAAUUCAAAAUACCAAAAAAAAAAACCUAAAAUAAUGCAAAUAAUAAACAUUAAAAUAGUAAAUGAAAAAAUGUUUAAUUAACUAAUACAAAUUAAAAUCUGUAUUAUGCUUCAACGAAUUAGUAUUUUGUAACUAUAAAAUAAAUCAAUAAACAUAUUUUAAAGAUUGGGUUUAUUUGAA